GGUGUUACUUCAUGCCAUAAAUCUUACAACAUCAUGCUGAAAACCUCUUUAUAAGAACCAUAUACCUUCAUAGCACUGUGAAUAAUAUUCAUUAGUUUGUUAGUAUGCGCUAGAUUUGCGGUACUAUGUCUUUUACGUGGAAAACUUAUUUUAUUAUUUUGAUCUUAUGCCAGUUUCAAGUUUCAGCUGAGAGUUCAGAAUCAACAAGAGACAGCACUGUUACAACUACAUCAGAUACAACCAUACUAAUUAGUGACACUGCCACAAGAAGUGAGAGUUCAGAAACAACCACAGCCAACUCUCCUACAACUACACCUGAUGCAGCUAUACCAACUAGUGACUCUGCCACAACAACUGAGAGUUCAGAAACAACUACAGCCAACUCUCCUAGAACUACACCAGAUGCAACUAUAACAACUAGUGACUCUAUUACAACAGCUGAGAGUUUAGAAACAACAACAGCCAACUCUCCUACAACUACACCAGAUACAACUAUAUCAACUACUGACUCUGCCACAACAGCUGAGAGUUCAGAAACAACUACAGCCAACUCUCCUACAGCUACACCAGAUGCAACUAUACCAACUAGUGAAACUAUAACAACAGCUGAGAGUUCAGAAACAACCACAACCAACUCUCCUACAACUACACCAGAUGCAACUAUACCAACUACUGACUCUGCCACAACAACUGAGAGUUCAGAAACAACUACAGCCAACUCUCCUACAACUACAAUAGAUGGAACUCUGCCAACUAUUGACUCUGCCGCAACAGCUGAGAGUUUAGAAACAACCACAGCCAACUCUCCUACAACUACACCAGAUGGAACUAUACCAUCUACUAGCUCUGUCACAACAGCUGAGAAUUUAGAAACAACCACAGCCAACACUCUUACAACUACACCAGAUGAAAAUAUAGCAACUAGUGACUCUGCCGCAACAACUGAGAAUUCAGAAACAACUACAGCCAACUCUCCUACAACUACACUAGAUGGAACUCUACCAACUAUUGACUCUGCCACAACGGGUGAGACUUUAGAAACAACCACAGCCAACUCUCCUUCAACUACAUCAGAUGCAACUAUAACAACUAGUGACUCUAUUACAACAGUUGAGAGUUUAGAAACAACAACAGCCAACUCUCCGACAACUACAUCAGAUGCAACUAUAACAACUAGUGACACUAUAACAACAGCUGAGAGUUCAGAAACAACCACAGCCAACUCUCCUACAACUACACCAGAUGGAACUAUACCAUCUACUGGCUCUGUCACAACAGCUGAGAAUUUAGAAACAACCACAGCCAACACUCUUACAACUACACCAGAUGAAAAUAUAGCAACUAGUGACUCUGCCACAACAACUGAGAAUUCAGAAACAACUACAGCCAACUCUCCUACAACUACACUAGAUGGAACUCUACCAACUAUUGACUCUGCCACAACAGGUGAGACUUUAGAAACAACCACAGCCAACUCUCCUUCAACUACAUCAGAUGCAACUAUAACAACUAGUGACUCUAUUACAACAGGUGAGACGUUAGAAACAACCACAGCCAACUCUCCUACAACUACAUCAGAUGCAACUAUAACAACUAGUGACACUAUAACAACAGCUGAGAGUUCAGAAACAACCACAACCAACUCUCCUACAACUACAGCAGAUGCAACUAUACCAACUACUGACUCUGCCACAACAACUGAGAGUUCAGGAACAACUACAGCCACCUCUCCUACAACUACACCAGAUACAACUAUUCCAACUACUGACUCUGCCACUACAGCUGAGAGUUCAGAAACAACUACAACCAAAUCUCCUACAACUACACCAGAUGCAACUAUACCAACUACUGACUCUGCCACAACAACUGAGAGUUCAGGAACAACUACAGCCACCUCUCCUACAACUACACCAGAUACAACUAUUCCAACUACUGACUCUGCCACUACAGCUGAGAGUUCAGAAACAACUACAACCAAAUCUCCUACAACUACACCAGAUGCAACUAAACCAAUAACUGACUCUGCCACUACAGCUGAGAGUUCAGAAACAACUACAGCCGACUCUCCUACAACUACACCAGAUGCAACUAUACCAACUAGUGACACUAUUACAACAGCUGAGAGUUCAGAAACAACCAUAGCCAGCUCUUCUACAACUACACCAGAUGCAACUAUACCAACUACUGACUCUGCCACAACAGCUGAGAGUUCAGAAACAACCACAGCCAGCUCUUCUACAACUACACCAGAUGCAACUCUAUCAACUACAACUUCCCCAACCACACCCACUACAUCUACUAUCACAAAACAUCCAAUAAUAUGUGAAAAUGGUGGAACUCCAACAGCUAAUGGUUGUUAUUGCCCCCCUGGUUUUACAGGACGUCUGUGCACAAAUGUAAACAAUGAAAUCCCACUUCCAGAUUUAAUUGAAAUGACAACCAUUGCUGAAAUAGAAAUAAACAAGGAAUAUGUCCCUCAAUACCAAAAUACAUCCUCACAAGAAUAUAAAGAUUUUGUACAGGACUUCAGAGUUCAGAUGAUACCGUACUACGAAACCAAGAUUGAAAACUUCUUAAAUAUAACAAAUAUAACACUAAGUGACGGAAAUUCUUUAAUGGGCCGAAUGGAGAGUAAAUUAAUAGAGAUGGAAUUAUCAAUUUCUAAAAGUGUGAAGGUUAAGCAUGAUAUUGUUGUAACAAUUGAAAACAACAAUGUUAAUGAAGGCUAUAAUGAGGAGUUUCAGUCUGUCAAAAAUGCUGUUGAAUCAGUUACAAAAUGCACUCCCACAACCACUGCAUGCCCAAACUUUAUUGUUACCGCUGUCCAGGUCAACAAAACUGAAUUGGAUCUCAAAGAGUACUGUGAUCAAGUUACAGCAAUGUUUCCUGAGGAGUACCGUCAGUAUUUCAUUGCUGCUACUGUGAUGGGUAAACUAACAUGUAUCAACCAAUGUCAUCCUGAUCAUCCUACUCCAAAGAUCUGCAUGAACAAAGGUACCUGUGAGGUUUCCAAGCAAGGACCAACCUGCUACUGUCUUCAGACAGAUGCAAAUUGGUAUCUUGGAGAAGAUUGCAAGUACCAAGUUCACAAAGUGGGCUUCUAUGCUGGAGUGGCAGUUGUCGCUGUGGUUUUACUGAUAGCUAUAGCAAUGCUUUCAGCAUAUGUCUUCCUUAAUAAAAGGAAAGAGAAGAGGAAUAAAGACAACAAGGAAGCUCUUGUGAAUCAGUGGAUAGAUGAUGACUUUGAGUGGUCCUCACAAAAAAGAACAAACACAUCUCUUUCAGUUCUUAAUGAAACCUAUGAUAAUCCUGCACAAUCCAAUGAGAACUUCAGCCAGAGUACCACAGCUCAGAACAACCUCUUCCACAGAACGAUACUUCCCCCAAUUCAACUUGCCUGAAAAUGAAAUCUCACUUCCUUCUCUGCACAACAAUUACCCUGUCCCUUCUCUGAGCUGAGCCUCACUGCAGGUGUGUUCAGAUGUGCAUGCACUUGAAGCAAAUGAUUCUGCAGUUCCUUACAGUCCAGCAAGGGGAGCUCUUCAGGCAAAGACAUCAAAAGGUCCAAAAGCACUGCACUUUCUAAAAUGAUUAAAAUAAACAGUAUCAGAAGAUUUCACACCACACACACUAACCAUAACAUUAAGCCCACUGGCAGGCGAAGUGAGUAACAAUGAUUAUUUCUUUACAAUGGCACCUGUCAAAAUGACAGACUAAAGUACAUUAGGCAGCAAGUGAACAGUCUAGUUCUCAAUUCCAGAUGUGUUGGAAGUUGGAAAAAAUGGGCAAGCGUAAGGAUCUGCGCAACUUGGACGAAAAUGGUCAAAUGACAAUACUACAGCGCAUCUUCAGAGGCAUCCGCAGAUCAAUGACAAGGGUGACUUUCACAACAUUAGGUAGAUAAUUUUAUAAUUAUGGUUCAUUUCUGUGUACACACACAUAAUUCAUACCAGAAAUGUGAAGAUAAAACAGGGACAUUAAUAAGGAACAAAUAUAUAUGUUAAUUGACAAAGAAUAAAAAAUAAUAUGUAGACAUAAAUGAUUAUAGCAAGAAUACAUACCCAUAGAAGUAAGAGGCUCAGUAUGUUUACUGAAAAUGAUAUUGCUAAUAAAUUUGUAUAUCUUUCCAAAAUCCACUACACUCUUCAUCCCCAUUGGUCUGUGUUUCCAGGCUUGCUCAGACUGUCCAAUAUCAGGUUGCUUAUCUGGCUGAACAGAGCCUGGUGUGAGUGAGGGUACAGCACUUGAAACUGGUCGUGUUGGUUUUGAGACAGGUUGACUCAAGUGAUUUAGGGGUGGCUGAUGUGGAUGACAUGGCAGGGUCUUUGUUUGCCUCAGUCUUUUCCCUUAACUCACUUUGCUCUUCUUCAGCAACAGCAGAUUGAGAUGCUACUGUAGUGGUUUUGGCAGAAGGAUUGGAAGCUGCAUCUUUUCCAUGUGACUGGGGGGUUUUACAGGCUUGUUCAGGUGGAAUUAUCACUGGAGAAGGCAAACCAGUGUAGGAUUUAGGCAUCGGCCUCAGCGGUAUAGUGCGCAAGCCGCUGGUCAGAGGACUUUGAGAGUCAGUGGUACGUGGAGGGUCUGAGUCCUGGAGGCUGCAGGGCUCUGUGGCAGCAAUUACCAACAUCUGAUUAAAUAGAAAGGUCAGCUCAAUAAAAUUCCUCCACCCAAGAUACUGGUUAAUAAGAUGAAUAUACAGUGGGGUCUGAAAGUUUGAGCUCACUAGUGAAAAUCCUUAUACUCUGCCUUUUACUUGUCAAUGUCAAUUGUAAAAAGCGCUAUACAAAUAAACUUGAAUUGAAUUGAAUUGAUCUUGAGUCAAAAAUAGAAUAUUCAAAAUAUUUACAUCAGGUAUAAACAAUCCUCACUGAUUAUCUUGUUGGGGUUCCACAUUUCUGUGCCAGGAAAGCCAGGAUAUGAAGUGUCCACAUACUGGUAGCAAGCAUUGGCAUAAGCUGUGGCUUCAAACACAUCAUUCCAUGGCUUUUUAGGCUCAGCUGGCUUAAAACGCUUUUUUCCUACAGAAGGCUCUACAAAUGGAAUACCCACAAAAGAAACAACAUGGCUUCAAUCUAGCAUGGGCAAACGUAAACAAUGUACAUGACCUAACCGAGUUGUUACAAUAAACUCAGUCACUUUGUGUAAGAGAAUGAUGAAUAAAGAAAAUACAGAAAAUAA